UCCCGAGUGGGCCGUCAAGCGGCCAAUCAGCGCGCGGCUGCGGUUUCAUUCAAAAGUCGAAGCGGGGGGCCUGCCUAGCCCAGACUCUGAGCGUUAUGGCGGCGUCAGUGAAUGGGAGUCCCAGCGGGGAGGGACAGCCUUGCCACAAGCUGGCAAAGCCCUCCCCAGAAAUGCCCGUGCAAACUCCGGAAGGGCUGCUGGAAGCCAGAGAAUCGACCUCUCUCACCCCGCUGAUCAGGUGCCUUCAGCUACAGACCCCGGUUCCACCAUCCACCGAGGAGGACGGGUGUCGGACACGGCUGCCCAGCACCCUCACCUGGACGGCCCCCCUGGUCUGGCUGGAGCACUGCAUGCCGGAUUCCCCGGUCCUCGCGACCCUCCGGCAGAGCCUGCCUCUCUCUGCCCAGCAAGAGGAUAAGGGCACCAGCAUCACUCCACUCUCAGUGGCAUCGGCAGCCACGUGGACCACGGCUCUGAGCCUGGUGGAGGCGGAUGUGAACACAUCUCCGGCGGAGAAGCCCUGGACCAAGGACAGCACCACGGAGACCGACUCUUUACUGUGGCAUUGCUCCCUGGAUCAGCUGGGCAACUUGUCCCGGGCGGAGUUGGAGCGUCGUCUGGAGAGCACCCUCAUCAUCAUGGAGGCCCUCUCGUGCCACAUGUGCGACUGUGAGAAAUUCCAGCAGCCGCCUGCUCACGUGGGGCCGGCCGACCAGAGAGAGGCAGCCACGCAGACCCCGGUCUCGGAGCCCAAAGAGGAGGAGCAGAUGUAUCGUGACUUGUACGUGGAGCUGAGGAGGCGAUUCCAGUUGCUCCAGCGGAGCCGUGAGAGCGAGCAGAAGCUAGCCCAGCAGUUGGGGAGGGCCUCAAAGGAGAUGAGAGAGUGGUCGUCGGAGUCCAAGGAGAUCCAGGACAUCAUGGAUACUUCCUUGCAGCACCUCCAGGACAGCAGGGGAACCCUCAGCCACCAGCAUGAGCAGAUGAGAGGCCUACUCUCUCGGUGCCGGAGCAGCCUCCAGCGCUCAAGCCAAGACCGUGAGGAAAUGAAGGCCAGGCUGCAGAAGGCCCUGGAGGCCAAAGAAGCGGCAGACCAGGUUCUGGAUUCGGUUCGCAGCCACGCCGCGGCCCGCAUCGGACAGCUGGAGCAGUCUCUGGAAUCCCAGCAGCAUCUCCGGGCCUUGCUAGAGGAGGCGCGAGGGCACCAGGCGGACCUUGUCCGUGGAUAUGCAGAGUGCUCAGAGCAAGGGGACCGCCUCGCAACCAAAAUGAAGGAGGACUGGACUUCGAUGCGACUGAGCCACGAGGCCUUCACCAAGUUGCUGAAGAGGUUCAAGGACACGAUGAGGAGGAUGCAGGAGGAGCUGAAGGCUGCCCGGCAGGAGCUCACAACGCACCGAGAGGUCUGCAGCAAGCUGGAGGAGAGGACGGUGGAGCUGGUCGAGGCCCUGGGCCAGGUGAACAAACUGACCAAUGCGAAUUCUUCCCUAAGCAAAGAGAUGGGAACCAUGCAGGAGAAGCUGAUCUCCGUGGAGGAGGAACAGGAGCGGCUGCAACAGGAAAGAGAGCUCCUCGCCCAGCAACUGGCAGAACAGAAGACGGAGCUGGAGAGAAUGACCCGGCUGUCUCGGGAGAAGGAGCAAGAAUGGGACAGCAUCUUGAAGGACCUGCGUGAGGCGAUGGAUUGUGGAGAGUUUUUGGAACUCGAGAGCCAACUUGCCCGCCGUCAGCUCAGGGAGAGGGAGGAAGAGCUGAAGGCUGCCCUCUCGACACUGCGGGAGCGCAGCGCUCAGCUGGAGGAUUUCAAGGACGCUUGCAAGGAGCUCCAGCAGAAGCAGGAGGCCAUUGGCAAGGAAUUGGCCAGUGCCAGGGAAGAGAUCCGGAGCACGGGAGCCAGCAUGGAGAAGUUCUCCACGGCCUUGGUGGACAUCGGGGUGGUCCAGGAACAAUUCCUGGCGAUUGCAGACUCCCUCAAGGCAGCGCUGCACAAGGAGGUGCACGAGGAACCCCAGUGGAGUAGGGCCUGCACUCCUGCACCAAAGACCCCACAUGGCUUGGGGGCCUCCUUCGUGGACAGCAUUCUGCUGGCUGCCGCAGGGAAAGAUGUGGAAACUCCCGGUUUUCCGAGCCCCCCCAGUGCCUUCACUAAAGUCACACCUGUGGUUCCACCAGCACCAGCAGAAAUCCAAGAGAGCCUUGCAAACCGUGUCCAGGAAUUGCAAGAAGCUGCCAACCGGCUCCACCUCCUGAGCAACCAGUACCGGAAAGCCACUCAAGAGGAGGUCCGAGGCCUGCAAGCAGAAAACUUGCAGCUGGAGCAUCAGCUGGAGACCCUGAAAUUACAGCUGCAGAACGAAACGGACUCGCGUGACGUGACCAUCGCUGAGCUGCACAAGGCUCUGCGUCUGCGGAUACAGAAUGAAAAGGAGCUGCGAGAUGUCAUCUCUCGGCAUGAUGAGCAGAUGCAGCUCUCUAUCGACCAGGGCGGGGAGCUCCUGGACCUUCAGGGGGAGGUGGCCCAGCUCAGACGGGCCCUCCAGAAGGCAGAGACAGAGGCCGCGGUCCUUUGGGAGGAGCUCAGGGGGGCAAAGCCGUGUGAUCCCGACUGGAUCCAGGAGAAGAUCUCGCUGCGGCAGCGGGUGGAGAAACUGAGAGAGAUGCUCGCAGAAAAGGAAAGCGAGAAUUCAGAGCUGUUGGCCAAGCACCAGGGCCAGACGAAGAGGCUGGAGUGUCAGCUCCACCAGGCCCAGCAGGCACUGAGGCACUACCGAGAGGCAGAGGUGGAGAUGAGAGAGGUGCUUUCUACGCUGCCUGCAGAGGUGGUCAACUCUGCUGAGCUUCAAAACCUCAAGAAACUGCUUCUGUGAAGGAAAACUAUGGGGAGGGGAAAGGGCGUAUCGGUCUGCAUGCACAAAAUAAAAGUCGCUUUGCAUCAAA